CAGACAGCGUGAGCCGUCUUCUGCAAAUGAACCUCCACUAUCAUGUCAGAGGAUCAAAAUAUAACAACGACCAUGGACGUGGACACUGCUUUUCUCAAAUCGAAGAGAGGCAUCCUGAAACUAGCAGAGAUGGUGACUCUGUUUGUGGCGUUCGUGUGUUUUGCCACAGCAUCCAGAUCAGAGCACAUUGCAGCCACGUUCAUAGAGUUGCUGAUCACUUCAUUUCUGCUGUUACUGUACCUGCUCAAACUCAACAAGAAGUUUACUCUCUUCUUUUGGCCUCUCGUUGAUGCUUUCAAUUCAGUUUUUGCAGCAGUCUACUUUCUCGUCUUGAGUUUUAUUGCCUUGAGAACAUACGCUUUCACAGGCACACUGGUUGGAGGGAUAAUUGGUUUCUUGUCAGCUGGGCUGCUGACUGUGGACACCUACACAAUUUUCAAGAACAUCACAUUCAACAAGCCAAGAAAUGAAACCCAGAAUCAAGUCAGUCAAGACAUGACAUGAAAAAAAUAAAUAAAUAAAAAUGCAGCAUUCUGUGAGAAUUAACAAGAUUAUUUUCUUUCACGUGCUCUGAAAUAUUAAUAACUUACUUGCUUGCUUAUUGUAAAGCUUUAUUGCACAAUGUUUCAAAAAGUGUGCACCAGUUCAAAGUUUUUGCCAGUUUUCACCAUGUUUAAGAUUCCAACUGUAAUCCAGUCUAAUGCUGUAACUUGUAUUGUAAUUUUUUGAAAAAUAUUUUAAAUGUUUGUUAAAUUGAAAUAAAUCUUGC